AGCUCUGGCCCAAGCCUCGCCCGCCCAGGUUUUUCCCAUUUCUGCACCUUGCAGAGCCCAGCUGAUGGCUCAAGCAGAAAUCCCACUGGGCGCCCGCGGUGGCCCGGCUGCGGACCUCGCGCGGUUCGACGGCCUCCUGGCCGAGCUCAGGCGCGAGCACGAGAACGUGGCGCGCCAGCUGCGCGACCACGCGCACGCGGCCGCCCCGGUGCUGCGGGCCGCGGCAGGCCAGGCCGACGAGGCGCUGGGCAGGCCGGCCCCGGGCGUGGCGGCGCACGGCCAGCUGGAGGUCCAGACCGAGCUGCGGGACGCAGGGGAGCCUCCUGGCUCGGUGCCGCCCUGGAGCGAGCCUGCCUGGGGAGGCAACUCCCCGACGAAAGGGGCUUCCGGGGUGGGGGUCGCCAUUCGCGACCCCGCCACUGCAUCGGCCAGUUCAGGACGCGGCCCUGCAUUGUCGGAUGAUUCGACACCUUCGGGCGAUGGCUCGAAAUCCAUGGCCAAGUCCUUCACCAGGUCAUUGAGCAGGUCCUUUGGCAAUCCCCUGGAGAAAGGCCGCCAGACCGUCAAGUCCUUGAUCACCGCGCACGACGAAGUCUUCGAUAACCGACGUCUAAGUCAAGACAGUGCAGAUCACGCGAGGACAAGUAGUUUCUGUUACAUAUUUGUUAACAGCCCGACGUUCGAGCUCUUGUGGUCGACCGUCAUCCUUUUGAACACUCUAACGAUGGCCUUAGAAGCGCAGUAUGAUGGAAUUGACGGUUCUUAUCGCUACGACCUUGGGCGAUCGCCGUCGACCCAACCUGCUAGCAAAGUGUGGCCGGGCGCCGAUACGUUUUUCGUCGUCACAGACACAAUGUUCGGAGCGUUGUUCACUUUGGAGUUGCUCUGGCGGUUGGCCAUUCUUCGGAAGGAGUUGUUCCUGGACACGUGGUCAUGGAUCGACAUUAUCGCUGUUGGCAUGUGGUACAUUGAGCGGCUCUCGGAAAGUAUCUUGCCUCUGGAUCCUAAGUUUAUACGUGUCGCGAGACUUGUGAAGUUGCUGCGCUUCAUCCGAGUCAUCAGGUUCAUCAACGCCUUCGAGAAGUUGUACUUGAUGGUAGCCUCGAUCAAAAGCAGCUUUUCCGCUUUAGCUUGGUCUUCCGCCGUCCUCCUGCUCGUUGAGAUGGUAUUUGCACUCCUGCUCAACAUCUUGAUGGAGGGCUUCUGGGACAACGUCGACAAUCCCUUGGAGGACCGCCAGGCGAUAUACGAGCAUUUUGGAACAUUCAGCAAGUCGCUGCUCUCCAUGUUCGAGAUGCUCUUAGGUAACUGGUACACCAUUACACGCGAGCUCGUCAAAGUCGACGAGUUGUACAUGAUCCUCGGUGUGGGGCACCAGCUGUGUUUCGGUUUUGCCGUGAUCGAGGUGAUGACAGGCGUGUUCCUUCACGAGACGUUCCAGGUGGCGUCGCUGGACGACGGCAUAAUGACGAAUGAGACAAAACGCGCGAUAAAGAACAACACCGAGAAGAUGAAAAUAUUCUUCGAGAACGCGGACGUGAACGGGGAUGGUUACCUCGACAAGGAUGAGCUCGAAGGGGUGUUGAAGCGGCAUAAGGUCCAAGAGUGGCUGACUGGAAUGGGGCUCGACAUCCCUGACGUGGUCACCGCGUUCUCGGUGAUGGACAAGGACGGCGACGGCCAGCUCAGCACUCAGGAGUUCGUGGAGGGGGCCUUGUUUCUCAAGGGCAACGCGAGGAUGAUCGAGCUGGCGGUGAUACGUGGCCUACUGGAGGAGAUAAAGUCUAAGGUCUCAGGGGCGCGGCCGCUGGAGGAGAGGGCGGAGGUCGCCCGGCCGCAGUGACGGCACCCGUCGGCCACGCGUAAGAGUGACCUUUCGCGGGAAUGACCUUCCCCAGACAGUGAAGGAAGAGGAGGAGGGGAGGCGGAGGAGGAGGAGCGGAGGAUUUGGCCUCCCCGCGGUCUCCGGAAGCCGCAGAGGUCCCUCUCGCCCAGGACCAGCCUGGCGCGUGGCCGAGCUCGCCGUGCGGCCAGCUCCCGCCGCCGCCCCGCCUCCGCCUGGCGCCCGUCCGCGCGUGCCGCGCGCACCUCGUGCACGGCCUCGGCAGGCCGUCGCCAGCUGCUCUCCCCCCUCGGCUCCUCUCUCGGGCGCUGCCGAAACCACGACCACUUCUGGUAACAUCCGACUCUCCUCCUCGCAUAUACCCCAGAGAACCUGCAGCGGUGUGCUGACAGCCGUGCCUGCAGGGUGAGCAAUGUUUGUGCGCACUUCAGUUUCGGUUUCGGCCUCAGCUGCAGGUGCGCUGCGAAGCGCCCUCGGGCCUGCCGCUCGCACGCUCGCUUGCACAAGUGCCUCCCUCGCACGCUCGCACGAGUGCCUUACGAGUCGGUUUUUUGUCCGCUCGCACAGGUGCCUCCUCCUAUUCUUCCUCCUCCUCCUCCUCCUCCUCCUCCUCCUCCUCCUCCUCUUCCU